UUCCCGCGGUUUGAAUGUAAAUAUUGUUUUUGAGCUGGUGGGUUAGUAUAGAGCUGCUGUUACAAUUUUAAAUUGUAUUGAAACCCUCUCAAGCACUUUACCAGCACCUGGCAAAGCGUACAGACCGAUAGGAGCCAUAUCGCAAGUUCAGCAUAUUUUAGAUCAGCGGAACUUAACACUUAUCCUACCAAGGAUCUGUGACGUAAGCCCACACUCGUUCCCACCCUCGCGCAGUUGCACUCUGUUUUGCUGCACCUCUGCUUUAUUAUCAUGCCGCCCAAGAGUCCGAGAAAAUCUACAAAUCGCUCAGAGGAGGAGCGCAGGAUUCCGAGUGGGCAUGAAACCAGCGACCCUGAAUUUGGUGCAUUGUGCAGGACUUUAAGGAUAUCUGACACUGUGCAAAAAAGAGCAAGACAAGCCUAUGAGAAAUUGAUCUCUUCACAAUGUGUGUUUAGGGACACCAUAAACAAUGAAGAAUUGUUUGGCCUCUGUCUUUUUACUGCGUCUGUGGAUUCUGAUGAAAUGACUUUCACUUUUACUGAGCUAUUAAAAGCAAUAAAUAUAAGUGUCAACAAAUGUUUUCGUUUGCUCAAAGAAAUGGAUGUCAAUGUGGACACAUUAAGCACCAAAGUGGAUAAUGCCAUAUCAAAGUUAAAGACAAAAUAUGAAAUUAUGUGCCUUCUCUAUCAGAAGUUUCAAAGGACAUUUGAUCUUAUUUAUGUAGAGUAUCCUAAUAGGAAGAUAUCUGUGGAGAUUUCAUCUGUCAAGGUUCUGGAAUCCUAUUGGCUUCUAUUUCUUUUAUUUUCUGGAAAAGUGUUACAGAUGGAUGAUGACCUGGUGAUCUCUUGUCAAUUGUUGCUGUGUGUCUUGGAAUAUUUUAUAAAAUUGUCACCUCCAGAACUUCUCAAAGAACCAUACAAGAAUGCUCUGAAUGGAUUAUCUGUGAGUUGCCCAACACGAUCUUCCCGGCGUGGUCAAAACAGGAACACACGCACGUCCCGACAGUCUGAAACGGACACAAAAGUCAUAGAGGUUCUUUGUGAAGUAAAUGAAUGUCCUGUUGAUGAGGUGACAAAUGUCUACUUUACAAGUUUUGUUACUUUUCUGGAUUCAUCUGGAAUUUCUCCUAGUGAUGGACUUCCAAAGGUUGAAAAUGUCUCUAAGCAGUAUGAAGAACUUUAUGUUAAGAACAAAGAUUUUGAUGCAAGGCUAUUUUUAGAAAAUGAUGAAACAUUAAGAGUUGAUGUCAGAGACAGAUUGGAAAUUGAGCGAACACCUCAGAAAAAUUCUACUGAAGAUGCAGUGAAACCUCCACAAACACCAUUCAGGGCGGUAAUGAACACAAUCCACCAACUAUCGGUUACUUUAAACUCUGCAAGUGAUGAGCCGUCUGAUGUUCUCAUCUCAUACUUUAAUAACUGCACAGUAAAUCCACAGAUCAAAAUAACAGAACGGGUUCAACAUCUGGGACUUGUUUUUAAAGAACAGUUUGCCAAUGCUGUUGGUCAAGCAUGUGCAGAAAUUGGAUUUCAGAGAUACAAAGUUGGGGUCCGUUUACAUUACAGAGUUAUGGAAUCCAUUCUCAAGUCUGAGGAAGUACGCUUGUCAGUACAAAACUUCAGCAAACUGUUGAAUAAUGAGAUUUUUCACACAUCUCUUUUGGCCUGUGCUGUUGAAGUUGUCAUGGCUACUUAUGGAAGAAAUUCUUUUCACCGUCUGUACAGUCCAGAAACAGACUUGUCGUUUCCAUGGAUUCUCAAAGCUUUUGAACUAAAAGCUUUUGACUUCUAUAAGGUGAUUGAGAGCUUUAUUAAAGCAGAACCAAGUUUAAGCCGUGACAUGAUCAAGUACCUUGAACGCUGUGAGCAUCAGAUUAUGGAAUCCUUGGCAUGGCAGUCUGAUUCUCCACUAUUUGAUCUCAUCAAGCAAACUCGAGAUCGUGACGGAUCAGUUGAGCAUCCGGAACUGGCUAGUACACUUCACCAGCCGUUACAGCACAAUCACACUGCUGCAGAUCUGUAUCUAUCCCCUCUCAGAUCAUCUCAGCAGUAUCCCAUACUUAGUAUUCCCACAACAUCUAUCCCAAAUGGACAUGCAUCAGCAGCAUCUCAGCCUCAGCAGAAAUCAACAUCGCUUUCACUGUUUUACAAAAAAGUGUAUAGGUUGGCAUAUCUUCGACUGAAUAACCUUUGUUCCAGUCUCCUCUCUGACUACCCUGAUUUAGAACAUGUGAUCUGGACUUUUUUUCAACAUACCUUGCAGCAUGAGUAUGAACUUAUGAAGGACAGACAUUUGGAUCAGAUAAUGAUGUGCUCUAUGUAUGGAAUUUGCAAAGCAAAGAAUAUUGACCUACUAUUUAAGACUAUUGUAACAUCAUACAAGGAGAUGACACAUGCGAACCAAGAGACCUUUAAACAUAUUUUGAUUCGAGAAGGAAAAUAUGAUUCCAUUAUAGUGUUUUACAAUUUGGUCUUCAUGCAGAAAUUGAAAAGUAAUAUACUGCAAUAUGCCUCACCUCGGCCUCCUACCUUGUCUCCAAUUCCUCACAUUCCUCGAAGCCCUUACCGCUUUGCAACCUCUCCCUUAAGGUUGCCUGGUGGAAAUAAUAUCUAUGUAUCUCCAUUAAAAACUCCAUACAAAACUUCUGAAGGAUUGCUUUCUCCUACCAAGAUGACUCCAAGGUCAAGGAUCUUAGUAUCUAUUGGUGAAUCAUUUGGGCCUGCAGAGAAAUUUCAAAAAAUAAACCAGAUGGUAAGCAGUAGCGAGAGACCUAUGAAGAGGAGUGCCGACAACCCUGCUCCUAAACCUCUAAAGAAACUUCGCUUUGAUAUGGAUGGACAAGAUGAAGCCGAUGGAAGCAAACACAUUUCAGGGGAAUCCAAAUUCCAUCAAAAGCUGGCCGAAAUGACAUCCACAAGGACAAGAAUACAAAAUCAAAAGUUGGAAGACACCAUUGAUCCUGUCAAGAAAGAAGAAAAUUAAAUGUCUUCAAGAAAUGCUUUUUUCACUAAAUCAGUUUUUGUCAUUGUUUGAUUUUAAUUCUUUGCUUGUUGAAUUUUUAUCUCAUUUUUAUUUUUAAUAUACUUGUUUUCAAAAUAUGA